AUGUCUUCGUUCACAGCGUUCGUGGGGCCGCACCCUCGAGCUUUUCCGGAGCCAAUGCAUGAGUGGCACCAGAAGCUCUACGAAGCCGCCGAAGUCCUUACGCGGCGUCUCCAGAAUUUGCAUUAUAGGCCAAUUCUGUCUGAUUAUUUCCUCCAUCAUUUGGGCCUAGGUGUUAUUCGCGACAGGCUAGACGUCGACAACGGGCCCAUUGGCAACGAGCCCAAUGGCAACGAACCCUCCAGAAUCCCCAGGUUUUUUCGCCCCGCCGAUAUUCAGUUGGCUACACAGCGGGUGCAAAGGUGGAAUGAGGUCAACAGGUGGCCAGCACCGGAUCUCAAUAGGCCAGAAAUCAUUGAACACUGGAGGGGAUGCCAGAUCCGAACAAACAUACCGCUAUUCGACGACAUCGAAGACAAUUUUCGCAGAUGUUAUUCGCUGUUGGCGAAUCAGGGCCACGAAGAAGAACAAGAACAUGAACGUGAUAGCCGCAAUGAUGACCUAGAACUCCUCCGCUGGGCCAAGUUCGGGUGA